AUGGCAGCUGGUGAAGUCAGCCUAUUCCGUGAGGUCGCCUGCAUGCCAGGUAUUGAGCCUUCUGGAAAAGUAAGGGAAGAAGCCACGUUAAAAGGAAUAUCAGGGGUGAAAGCAGUGCCUAGAAUAGCUCCCAGAGGGCUGUGUGCGCCGCCCAGGAAGUCUCGCGAGAGCCAGCGGCUGCUGUCCUCGGUCGUGCGUGGAGCCCUCGGAGUCCGCUGUGCGGGGCCGGCGGUGCGCGGGGCUUUGGCGCGGAGGCUCCUGAGUCAGUACACGGACAUCCCCGAUGGCACCGACUGCCACCGCAAGGCCUACGCCAGCACCAUCGGCGGCGCUGCGGGCCUGACCUCCGCCUAUAGCCUCCCGCUCAAGCCCCCAGGCUCCAUCCUCGAGGGAGUGGCGAGGGCCGGACAGCACACGUUCACUGCAGUGGCCAUCGGAGCCGUGUUCAGCUUCGCCUCCUGCGUCAGCGCCCAGGUCCGUGAGAAGCCCGACGACCCCCUGGACUACUUAGUCGGAGGCUGUGCGGGAGGCCUGACCCUGGGAGCACGCACUCACAGCUAUGGGGUUGGCGCCGCUGGCUGCGUGUACCUGGGCACCAUGGCCGCCUUGGUCAAGAUGGGCCAGCUGGAGGGCCGGGAGCUGUUCACAAGACCCAGGGUGUGAACCCUCCGCCUGCGGCGCUUCUAGAAAUAAACCUGCGUGUA